CAUCCUGUACCUAAAACUUGGAUAAUAAAGAAGCUAAAUAAAAGGAUAGAAACAAAUAAAUAAAAAAGAAAACAGUUUUAUCUUUACAAAUAUAUAUGUCCAAAUAUAUAAAUGUUUAUGUAACAUAAAUUAAGCUAUCUGUUUAAUUCAAAACUUCCAAACAAAUCUGUGUACAAUAAAAAAAAAAACAAAUAGUGAAAAUAUAAUUCAUUGUUAAAUUCAUAACUAAUUGUGGCACUUAAGAAUAUAUAUGUAUAUUAUGUAUGUAUGUGCUUUUUGGGUAUAUGUCUUGUGUGUUGAAAUAAUUAAUAACUUAAAUAAAUCCGUAAAAAGUACCGUAACAUUUCGGUGAAUUCACCACUUCUCCAAGCAGCUCUACAAAUGUAGCCUACCUCCAGGCGUAUGGCCUAUAAAGUGGCUAAAAGUGCUGAUAUAAAUUUGAUUAUCAUUCUGUACAUGUUGCCGCGCUUAAAUAUGCGUGUACAUACGCGUGUCUGUGACAAAAGUGUGCACUAAUGGAUGCGAGAUAAAGUGCACAGCGCGUCGCCUUGAGACAUUUUAAGGUGAAGCAAAUAAGAGAAAACAUUAAUUCCGACGACAUUUCAAGCAGCAGCAUCCACAUAAGUAAAUGCAAAUAUACAAACAUAAAUACAAAGUGACAGUGAAAGCGAAAGCGAAAGUGUGGCAAAGCUGCAAAUCUUGCUUAACACAUACAAACAAACAAAUCACACAUACAAACUAACUUUUUUGUCAUUACGUGGGAAAAGUAGCAAAUUUUAAGAAGACAAAAUCUUGGCGCUUACUUGACUAAACGUAAUCUUAAUAAACUGAUAUUGUUGCGAGCAGAAAAAAUGUUAAUCAAUUAAAUGGAUUUUGAAGAGUGAAGUGUUCGAUGAAAUCGACUUAUCCGAUUUGUGCACUGCUGAAUGUAGUAUUAAGAAUAUAAAUCAUAGUUUUCAGGUAAUCACCGCCACACGUUCACUUGUACUUUGUGCCGAAUCACGUCGCGAAAUGGAAGACUGGCUGACCUCGCUUAAAUCCGCCUCGAUACCGGCACGUGCGCGUGGCGAUAGUUUCUUCAUCGAGCAACAUGAUUUAUUUUCGAAUCAUCAUCACUGGUAUGCAACCUCGCAUGCGCGUCCCACCUUCUGCAAUGUAUGCCGCGAUAUACUCUACGGCGUUACCUCGCACGGCCUCUCUUGUGAAGUGUGCAAAUGCAAAGUACAUAAGCGUUGUGCUGCCAAAGCAAUUGCCAAUUGUAAAUGGACCACACUGGGCACCGUCGGUAAAGAUAUUAUUGAAGAACCUGAUGGUAGCAUUAUCAUGCCACAUCAAUGGAUGGAGGGUAACUUACCGGUAUCGUCGACAUGUGCGGUUUGUAAGAAGACUUGCGGUUCUGUUUUGCGUUUACAAGAUUUGCGUUGUUUGUGGUGCCGUGAAACGGUGCAUGUUGCUUGCCGACCACAAAUUGCAGUCGCUUGCCCGCUGGGGCCGGCCAAGUUGUCCGUUGUGCCACCCACUUCUGUGCAUUCCAUUGGUAAUGACGACUCCUGGGAUGUGGAGAGUCCGAAGGGAAAUUUUUCACCACUGUUGGUUUUCGUCAAUUCGAAGUCGGGUGACAAUCAAGGUGUCAAGUUUUUGCGACGCUUCAAGCAGUUAUUAAAUCCAGCGCAAGUUUUCGAUCUUAUAUCCACCGGCCCCGGCUUGGGUUUGCGUCUCUUCAGACGUUUCGAAAUGUUUCGAAUCUUAGUCUGCUCCGGUGACGGCUCAGUAGGAUGGGUGCUCAGCGAGAUUGAUCGUUUCAGUAUGCAUAAACAAUGUCAAGUAGCAGUACUGCCUCUUGGUACUGGCAAUGACUUGGCCCGCGUUUUAGGUUGGGGCUCAUCAUGCGAUGACGAUGCACAUCUGCCGCAAAUACUUGAACGUUACGAGUCAGCUAGUACCAAAAUGUUGGAUCGCUGGAGCAUAAUGGUCUUCGAAAAGGCUGUCGCCGUACAACCGAAGACGCCAAAAAUGUCACUGUCGAGCGCACAGGAAGCAUUACUAACUGGCAUGGUGACAUCUGCCAAUGUAAAUUUGCGCAACAUUGUCGAGACCGAUGAUUCGCAGACACUAAUUACUGCCACCAAAACUCUCUGCGAAACGCUCGACGAACUAAUGGUGCAGAUCUGUGAAAGUCGUAAAGAUGACGACCAAUUAUCGGUUAAAUGUGACAUACUACGUGAGAAGUUAGGCAUGCUGUUGGAAGCUUUGCGCGAAGAAGAGACCGGUGCGCACGCCGGUGACGAUCUGUUAGCGACAAUCAGUAGUAUUAUAUCAAAAAGUGCAGCCGCCUCACCUACUGCUUCUACAACACCCUCGACAUCAGCUACGCUGCUUAAUCCAAACAUAUCAAUCGAGAAGGAUGAGAAAGAUCAAUUUAAUUCAAACGAGCGCCGCAAUAGUCGUUCGUUGCAGUCUACCGAACGCGAGUCGUUACAAUGUCGGGCUAACAGUGUUAAGCGUGCCAUGUACAAUGUUAUCGAACACUCGGAACCAGGUCGUCCCAAACGUUAUCAGCGUAAGCUAUCUAUAACGCCAUUUGAAGCAUUGAAACUACCUACCAAUGCAUCGGGUGAAUCUACACCUUGCUCUUCACCAGUACCCAUUAUACCGCCAAUAAAUAUAAUAUCUCCCACAAUGGAAACCUCUCGUCUAACAUGCAUAUCACCGUUACCAGAUACAAGACGUGACUCCGUCGACGAUAACUUUUUCAAUUCCAUCAGUAUACCAGUACCACGUCAAUUUGCUGAUAGUCGUCGUAGUUCUGGCGUACCCGAAGUCAUACAAGAGAUUGAAGAAAACGGACCAGGCGGUCAAAGUGAGAUUGUUUAUCGUGUCGGCAGAUUAUCACUGAGUGGUGGCGCUAACAUUGAUGACUUCGGCAAUCGUUUACCUAUUGUUGAUGACAAUGAUGUAAAUUCACCGGCCGAACGUAAAAUCGACUUUCUCAGUGUACCGAUUUUAACAAACGAUCAAAUUGUAGAUCCGCUUUCAGACUAUCGCCCAAUAGAGGUAUUCGAACGCAAUUAUUACAUGAGUCGUGAGUUGGAUAUGGAAAAGAAACGUAAAGAAGUGAAUCAUAUAGAUAAUGAAGGCGACAAAGAUAAACAAACAUUAUCUGAAAAGUCUAAGGAGUUACGUUUUGAUGACGAAGUUUGUCAGUUGCAGGUACCCAACGUAGUGAUUUCCCCUAAAGCCCCAAAUGUAUACUCAAGCGAAACCAUAACAAUCAUUGAUACAGAUGUGGCCAUUGAAUUGUCAUCAUCGGAUGAAUUACCGGGUGGUGAGGCUAGCGAUGUGCUGUCGGCUAUCGGUGAUGAGGAAUGCAGCGUAGCCUCCGAGAUAUUUGACAAGCCACUUGAAAGUCAGGAACUCGAUCGCCCUCUACAGUUAGGAGAUAUAAUACAGAGCCUUGAUGCCAAUUCCUUCACACACAUCGACUCGCCAGAAACCAGUGAUGAGACAGAAGUCGUGCCAGGCGAAUCAUUUAUGGAUGAUAUUAGCUCGGUACUAGGUCAUGAUAUAGCAAAUGCAUUGCAGGACAACACCAUAACCGACGACACACCAACGCUAUGCUCGGAUAAUCAGCCGCCGCCAUUAAAAUCCAUACGCAAGAAAUCACUCAGCACAGGAGUACAGCGGAGCAUACGGCGUAAUUCAUCCCCACCACGCCACGCUCAAUUGGCACGCAUGGACAGUGAUGAGAAUUCACAGCAGUUCGGUUUUGAGAACAUCGUUUUUGAAAUCGAUAAUCGCUGCGAUGAUCAGAAGAUACGUGAGCCACCAAAGUAUUGCAGUUUGGCACAGUUUGUCGAGGGUAAUGACAUCGCGCGACAGAGUUUCAAGCGUCCGAAAAAGCGUUCGUCCCUACGUAAACCUAAAUCCGCCAUACUUAUCUCACAACAACAACUUUCCUUUGAUGCCUCCACCACCACAACGACCACUACAACCGCCACAAACGCCUACGGCCAACAGACUGAAGAUGAACUGACCACAAAAAUGGCUAUACAGAUUAAGGUGUGCGACAUCGAGACCUAUGCACGUUUGGAUAGUGAUGACAACUUGGAACCGCCGUCUAUUACGUAUGCCCAAAAUCAACCGAAUAUAAUGACAAUGCCUCCCAGCACAUUGAACAACCAAUCAACAAUAGCAACAGCAACAACGCUGGGCUCAGCAUUGAGCACAUCACCGAAAAAAUCCGGACACGGACAAGAUGUAAAGCGCAUUACUUUUGAUGAGUCGUGUAAGAAAGAAUCCUUUGAUGAUGUAAAUCCAAACUAUCCGCAGAUAAGUGUAGUUGUGCGCCCACCAACCCCAUUACGUGGAGACGCUAUCAAGCCGGUGAAUGCAGCGUCGGCAGCCAGUCUACUGUCGGCCCGUAUGCUGCCAAUGGAGUUGAGGCGACAUUCAAGUCAUGCAACAACCAGUCUAGCAGUGCGAGAGCAUGCCGAGAAGGAUCGUCGCCAUUCGGGUUUCAAUCCGAAUUUGUUAAGUUUAGAUCCGGAGCAUGCGAAAUUCUUGAGCUCUUCACCGGCAGCAAGUCGACGCAUCAGCUGCGGCAGUCUCUUCAAGCCAAAUGAGGCGCUACCAAAUCUGCAGACACUUAAGGGCUCCAAGUCCAGCCUAUUUAUGGGCUCAGCAUUAUUUGGAUUCGACCAUUUCGGCGGUGGUGGAGGCGGCAGCAGUGGCGGUGAUAAAGAACGUGACGAUAAGGGCAAGAAAGAUAAGGAGCGAGCAGUUGUCGCUGAUGAUGGCGCUAAGAAGAUGCCGAUUAUCAAUCCACUCGUACGCCUACCAAAUUGGCCAACGCUAGCCAACAGCACGGGUUUCAUAUCCAAGUGCUUGCUAGCCAAUGCCGACACACUCUGCGCGGCUGUUAGUCCAUUGAUGGAUCCCGAUGAGACACUGUUAGCAGGCUAUCAUGAGAAAUGUGUUAUGAACAAUUACUUCGGUAUUGGUAUUGAUGCCAAGAUUUCACUCGAUUUUCACAACAAACGUGAAGAGCAUCCCGAGAAGUGUCGCUCGCGUGCCAAAAACUAUAUGUGGUAUGGGGUAUUGGGAUCGAAGCAGUUACUACAGAAAACAUGCAAAAAUUUAGAGCAACGAGUGCAGUUGGAGUGUGACGGGCAGCGUAUACCGCUGCCAUCACUCCAGGGCAUUGUCAUUUUGAAUAUACCGAGCUUCAUGGGCGGCACGAAUUUCUGGGGCUCCAGCAAGAAGGACGAUAUCUUUCUCUCACCCAGCUUUGACGAUCGCAUACUCGAAGUGGUCGCCGUCUUUGGUUCGGUGCAAAUGGCCGCUUCGCGUCUCAUAAAUCUACAACAUCAUCGCAUCGCACAAUGUCAAAGUGUACAGAUAAAUAUUUUGGGUGAUGAGGAGAUACCCAUACAGGUUGAUGGCGAAGCUUGGUUACAACCACCUGGCAUGAUACGUAUACUACAUAAGAAUCGUGUGCAAAUGCUUUGUCGCAAUCGUCAUUUGGAAAUUUCGCUGAAAUCUUGGCAAGAGAAGCAACGCCAGCAUAGCAUUUCCAUACAACGCGAACAAUCAUCGACGGCUUCGGAGCAUGCUAUGUCUACGGAUGAAGUGCUGUCCGAACGUGAAUGUUAUGUACUCUUGAACUUUAUUGAGGCUGUCAGUUCGUUGGUGAAAUGGGUGAAAUUCCUUAUAAUUUCACAUCCAUCACUGCAACAUGAUUUAUAUGCUGUGGCUUGUCGCGCCGCUGAAGUACUCGAGUCUAUACAUCCAGACGGCAAACUACUUGAGGGUCCUACACUACGCACCAAACUUGUGGAAGUUAUUGAAUCUUCGCGUCAAUUGUACGAAGAUUCAUGCAAUCUAUUACGCGAUCGUGCGCAUAGCUUAAUUUUGAGAGAGGACCUCGAGUCUAAAUUGAGUGCUGCAUUGGCCAAUAUUGAAAUGGAGCUGAAGAAAUGUUCGGUGCAGAAGAGUUUUGAUGGCAAAUUGCGUGCCUACUUCAAUGCUUUGGCACCAAAUGAAGAGGGUGAUGGACGUCGCAAAUCACGUCAUUUCUGGGUGCGUCUACGUUCUGGUUCCACUGUGGGUCAAACGCUGCUGAAACCGCCGCUAACAACAAAUCGCGAAGCAGCCAACAAUUGGAGUGUCGACGAGGUAGUCACAUGGCUGGAGACAAUGCAGCUUUCAGAAUAUGUGGAGAGCUUCAUGAAGAACGAUAUACGCGGCAGAGAGCUGCUAACGCUGGGCAGAAGAGAUCUCAAGGAUUUGGGUGUCGUCAAGGUGGGACAUGUCAAACGCAUAUUGCAAGCGAUCAAGGAUAUGAAUGAUAAUUAAGAAGCGAGUUAAGUAAAAAAAAAAAAAAAUAAAAAUAUAUGUACUAAUUUGAAAUUAAACAAAGAUGAUCAGGCUAAAAGCAUAUGUAAAUGUGAACUUUUUAGUGAAGAGCAAAAAUGCAUAAAACAAUCAAUUAAUAAUUAGAUAAAUUUAAUAUAAGAAGAAAUGAGAUGUUGAAAACUGUUAAUAAGUUACUAAUACUUAUAAUAAUGUUCGUGUUUUUUUUUUCCAAGACCCUGAACAAGUUUGAAAAACACACAAAUGUUUUACUUAAAUAAACAAAUAAUAAAAUUUUAAUUUAAAUACCAAAAAUGUUGCUUAAAAGCAUUUAAACGAAGUAGUCUAAUGCAUUUUUAAGCAACCCACUGGCAAAAUCAUCUUUAAACACAUUUAUUUGCUAUUGAUGUAAAGAGAAUUGUGCAAAUAAUUGUUAAAUGUACACCAUAAGAAACAAAAACAAUUAAAUAUAAAAACAAAAAAUGUAUUUUACACUUAUUAAUGCGUUUGUGUAAAAGUAAAACUUAUUUACUACAAUUACUAUAAACGAAUUUAAAUGUAGUUACAACAUGUAUUUUUGGUCUAAGUAAUUUUUUAGGUAAAAUUAUAAUGAAAGAUUUGUAAGAAAAGUUUAGAGAAAAACAAUUUAAAUUCAUACAAAAACUGAAAAUACCAAAUAUUUAUUUACGCUUUUAAGAUUUAGGUAGACAAAAUUACAACUUCGAAAUUUAUCAAAGAAGCGAAUCUACGAUCAAAAUUAAAACAUAAAAAAAUGUAAUUCUAAAUUUAACAAGCAAUUUAAAGUUUAACUAUCGUUAAUAUUUAACACUAAUAUCAUUCUAUAAUUAUGACUACUGCAUACUGUUAAAUGUAUAUACGUAUACGUAUUCCUAUGUAUUGUGUUAAGCAGUAUAGUCAUGUUUAGCCUAAUAAGUAUAGGUUUUAUAAUUUUGUAUUCCAUGUCGUUCUAGAUGUUUAAUACGAUUAUUAUCAGUAAAUUUCAAAUGAAUUGUUUAAGGUAAAAGCAUUGAAGUCAGUUCUACUUGCUAAUUUUUCUACAUCCGUUAUUUGUUUUUAACUAAAAUCCAAAUACUUAAUACCAGUAAAACGCAUUAAAUUAGGAAAUGAAAUAUAAUAAAAUAUUAUCUCUUCAGUUUUUAUAUUUUAGGUAGGUGAGACUUUCUUCAUAUCCUUUGAAGAGACACAGAAAGGGUUAGAGUUGACUAUCAAAUACACUAGUUUUCUAAGGUUUUGAAUUUAUGAUUUUAGAUAUAGAAUUUAGAUUUAGAGAUAGACAGAGAGAGAGAAAAUACCAUUAAUUUUUUUUGUGUUUACGUUGACGAAAGUCUACACUUUGAAGAACAUUUACAUUGUCUAUAACCUCAAUAUGGGGGUCAUAUGUAGAAGUUCACGCAAAAUAGGAAAGUUUCUGAUUGCCAUUCACUUGGAAGUGGCCAGGAACGAUUCCUUUGCAUAUGACUCAAGCAGCUCACGACUUCCGGUUUUACACCAAGUAUCCCCUGGGUAGCUAACAGACAUCCGUUUGGACGCGAGCUAAAGUGAGAAGGCGAAGCCCGCUUAUGCGGUUGUGCGUAGGGUUUGGGACCCACCACAUAAAAAAACCUCCCUAAUAAAAAAACAAACAGAGCCUCGGAAGAAAACCCCCACUUUUGAUGGCGACCACUGCAAACGUUUUAAGGAUCACGAUUUGAGGGCAUGCACCUGGAAUGUCCGGACCCUUAAUAGGGAAGGUGCCUCUGCCCAGCUGGUUGAUGUCCUCAUACAACUAAAGGCUGACAUCACCGCAAUCCAAGAAACGCGAUGGACGGGACAAGGACGGAAGAAGGUGGGUCCUUGUGACAUCUACUACAGCGGCCAUAUAAAGGAGCGCAAAUUUGGUGUUGGAUUUGUGGUUGGAGAGAGACUCCGUCGCCGAGUCCUGUCAUUCAUCCCGGUAGAUGAACGUCUUGCCACAAUCCGCAACAAAGCGAGGUUCUUCAACAUAUCCCUGAUUUGAGACCACGCCCCAACGGAGGAGGAGGACGAUGUGACCAAAGAUGCUUUCUAUGAGCGCUGCCCCCGCCACAAUGUCAAAAUCGUGCUUGGCGAUUUUAAAACCAGGGUGGGUAAAGAAGGUGUCUUUGGCACAAUAAUCGGAAAAUUCAGCCUCCAGGACGAAACAUCACCAAACGGCCUGAGGCUGAUCGACUUCGCUGGGGCCCGAAAUAUGAUCGUCUGUAGUACCAGAUUCCAGCACAAGAAAAUUCAUCAAGCAACAUGCCUCUGCCCUGAUAGAAACAUAUAAAUAUAUAUAUAUUAGAGUGGGUCAAUUUUUUUCUUGACAAAGCGGUUAUCAAAAUCGUAAACUACGAUGAAUUCUAAGAAAAUUUGCCCAAGAAACCAUGGGUCUAAAAUGAAAAUCGAGCUUCCGGUUUUUAACAAAAAACUUUCGAAUAUUGUAUUUUGUAAAAAAAAAUCCAAUUCCUAUUCCACUGUCGAUUGUUUGCUUGUUUUGUAGAUAUCGAAGCUAAUUUGCUCAAAUUUGGUAUGUGAUGUUGUAUUUAAGCAAUUCGACAGUACAGAAAUUUUUAUAGGGGGCGUGGCACCGCCCACUUAUGAGUUCAUAUGUAUAUCUCUGGAACCACCUCACCGAUUUUUUUCAAAUUCUGUAUACGUAUUACAUUAUGCCUAUGUAAGCGAUAUUUGAAAAAUUAUCAAAAGCGGACAAAAACCACUCCACGUUGUUCAAAAUAACUCAUAUUUUGCACAUUCAGAAAAUGUUCUACUAACAAUGCUUUUUGAUGCCAGAAAGGAAAUGCGCCAGAGGGCUAUAAAAAAAAUUUUGUACUAUCGUGAAAAACUUUACGACCCAACAAAAUUAAGAGCUUACAAAAAACCAACUAUAAAUUUUGACUGCACUGAUUAUGUUGAGAUGAUAAACUUAGAUAACAAUAGCAUUUUGUCGGAGCCGCCCUUCACUGCAAACAUACCCUAUGACCAUUUGCUCGAAUGCAUAGAAUUUGACAAUCCUCCACUUCCGGAUCCACAAAUUCCUCCACAUAUUCAAGGAACCGAGCGCUUUGUGCAACUGCUGGCUAGCGUUUCCCGUCGAACUAUAGAAAAAAAUCGUGAUAGUGCUAUGGCAGUCACGGUUGCAAGUCGAAACGCAACAUCUAGGAUGGACAGCAAACAAGACCUUAAAACUAAUUAAUUGUGAACUUUAGAAGUAUAUUAUAUUUUGUUUGGCCCUUAACAGUUAAGUUUUUGCUUUAUAUAUAGAUAUGAAAUGAAAUUGUUAACUGCAAUACGAUUUCGCGGAAGAUUAAAGCUAUUAAAGUUUGAAAUUUUAUUUAUUAUUAUUUUAAUUUUUAUGGGUGGAUAGGCAACAUAUAAAAAAACAAAAUGAAAAGUUUCUCGUUAAAAACCGGAAGCUCCAUUUUGAUUUUAGACCCAUAGUUUCUUGGGCAAAUUUUCUUAGAAUUCAUCGUAGUUUACGAUUUUGAUAACCGCUUGGUGCAUUUUUUUUGCUCCAUACAAAUUGACCCACCCUAAUAUAUAUAUAUAUAUAUAUAUAUAUAUAUAUAUAUAAUCUUAACAAACAUUGGUAUUCUACAGAAUUUCGGUUGCCACUACGACUUAUUCGAUUGCAUGUAGUUUAAAAAUAAAUGUAGCUGCAUAUUCAAGCACUUACAUUAACGCAAAUCUAUCUUCAAAUAAUCUUAGUGUAUACAUGUAUACCCGUGUGUAUAUAUGUUAAUUAUUAGUAAGUCUUUAAAACAAAAAUUAAAAUUAUUGAGAACUUUUAUUAAAAAAAAAGAAUAAAACAUUUUUGAAAUUUUUCCUCGUAUGUCUCCUAUUGGGGAAGAUUUUGAAAAUGCCUUAAGAGUAACCAUAAAUGGAAAAUAAUUCAAAUAAUUUAGAGAUAAAAUAUUAAUAAUUAGUUAUAACUGUAAACAAACCUUUUGAGUGUGUCUUAAUUUUUCGCAAAGAAAAAAGAAUGAGCCCAGAUAUACUCAAGAUGUUUUGGGAAUAAACACAAAAAUUGAUGACAUAAAAAAAUUUAAUAUUUAAUUAUUUAAAGCCCAAUAAUUAGUAAUUUUGUAGAAAUUUAAGCUUAUAUUUUUCUUGUAAUCGUGGUUAAUAUUUUACAUUACUUGUGCAACAAUUAAUUGAAAUUAAACUAACUAACUAUUUUGAUUAUUACUUAAAUCAACGAGUGAAAUUUGGCUUUUAUAACAUUUGGUUGAGUUGGGAAACUCAAAAGCAUUUUUCAAAUAAUCAUUUUAUAAAAUGUCUUAUUUUAGGUGUAUUCAUUACUUAUAUCAUUACAUUUAAUAUGUAUGCAUUACUUGCCAUUUAACACUUUGCUGUUUACAUAAAAAAAACAGAAACACAAGACGUGGAUAUUCAAACGGUUUACGCUUAAAACGAGGAUGUUUUAAUAACAUUUUAUUAAAAAUAUUUAGGCAAAAUUUGUAUCAACACGUAAGCUCACUAAAUUUAAGCAUAAAAGUAAACAAUACAAUCUAAAAAAUAUUAGUUUUUAAUAAAUAAUUUUACAAUUCGUUUAAUUGUAUCAAACAAUAAAUCAAAAAUAAAAUAAAUACAUGUUUAAAUAAUAAAUAAAUAAAAAUAAAUAAUAAUAUAUGAAACUCUAAAAAAUAUACAAAUAUAAUUAAUAAAAAUUAAUAAACGUUUUCCCAUUAAAUAUAUGUACUUAAGUACAGAGAAGUUAAGAGACAAUUUUAGAAAGUAUAAUAUUUGUGAGCGUAAAUUAUCACUAUACUUUUUUAAAUAGUUAAAAUUCCUGUGAAUUGUAAAAAUAUUGCAAAAAGAUGGCGAUUAGUCAGAAGCUAUUAAGAAAGGAAAUAUUCAGUAGAAGCAUGACAAGGUUACGUAAGAUUAAAGACAUGCGAAGCAUUGCACUGAAUUUGUGAUUAUAAAUUCAACAGAGAUUUUUCAAUACAUUUUCAGCAAACUAAAGUAAGAAAUAUCAUUGCGUUUUAUACAAAUAUAUACGAAGAACCAUAUUUUUGUGUUUUGUUUUAAAUAAUAUUCACAUUUUCUGAAACAAUUUCGACUUUAUUAAAUGUAUAGCUUUACUUCAAAACAAAUAUUUAAAAAAUCAUUAAAAAAAAAAAUAAAAAAUAUUAUAAUAGCUUUAAAUUUUUUAAAUAAUUUUUUCUCAUAUUAAUGGAUUGUCACUUCUAUUAGUUAUACAUUUAAUACCGUAUUUUCAUAAAAAUUUCCACAAAUUCUUGCUUACUUUAACCUAAAAAUGCAUAAAAUCACAUAUCAAAUAACAAAGUAAUUGAUUUUGCAAGAAUAUAAUAUUUCAAGCGUUAUUGAGAAUUUCGUUUCUUCAACAUCUAGUAAUAAAUGAUCUAUCUAUAUAUAAAAUUAUAUUUUAUAUAACUACUACACUUAUUAUGACGAAUACUAUACUUACAAUUCCACUUAAAUCUUGUGUUCGAUAAACCGAAAGUAUUUGUUAAACCUUUAAAGACUGCUAAAUUCAGAAAAAUCUGUGAUAUUUUUGCAGUCUCUAUUUUUAAUUACACAAAUAAUUACACGAAAUAUAAAGCACACAUUAACGAAGGAAGUAAUGAGGAUUUAAUAAAAGAGUUAAAAGCGAAAUUAAGCAGAGCGAUAGUGUAAAAGUUUUGUUUGAUAAACAGUGUUGCUUAAAUAAUAGCAGAAGAAACGCUAAUAACUAAUAUAUUUAAUAAAGCGAAAAUUUACAAAACUGCAAUUUAUUGCAGUAAAAAACAUUGCUACCUACAUAUAUAUAUAUAUAUAUGUGCAUAUGUAUGUUGUCACAAUGUAUGCUAUUACAAAUGUGUCUCUCAAAAUGUGCUCAUAUGUUUUUUAAUUUCAUAAAGAGACACUUACAGAAAACUAUUACUCGUUAAGGCACGAUUUUGAACCCUAACAUAAAUUAUUUACUUUUCAAAAAUAAAACGAAAUUUUUUUGAAGUACAAUCAAAUAUAAAGCAUAAAAAUUAGUUAUUAAGUACAUGAAGGUGAAAUAUAUGUAUACUCGUAUAAUAAAAAGAAACAAUUAAACACAAAAUCAUUAAAGACUACAUCUGAACUCUUACUCGCAUCAAGGCUGGGGAGCAAGGAGCUAUGUAACAGUAUGAAAACGCUAUACGCUUACUACAAAUGUAUCUAUUCAAAAUAUAUGGUAGAUACAUUUGAACUGUCAGUUACUGUAGACUUAACUAUGUGCAAGCAUGUAGGGAACUAUGCUGUAAUUAAUGAAAUUGAUACAAUCUGAUUGCAAUUUAGAUAAGCUAAUCUAAAAAAUACCUAGUUAUGUGGUUUGGAUAACGGAAUGUAUGGAUUUUCGCAAAAGCAUACACACACAUUCAACUAUAACUAAAAUUCAUAUACACGUACAUUUUGAAUAUAUACAGAGUCGUGUAACUUUUCCAGUUACAAAUAUGUAUGUAUAUUUGCAAUCUAAGUGUCUGUUAAUUAAAUAAACGUGAAUUAAAAUAAUUUUUUAGCAAAGAUAACGCAAAGAUAACGCAAAGCAUAAUUAAAGAAAAAAGAAAAGUUUAAAUUGCAAAAAAUAAAUUUUAAUAUGAAUGUAGGUAUAUAAUUAUACCAUUAAACUAAGUACAGAUAUACCUAUAUUUGCAUGAUCACAUGUUUAUAUGAAUGUAUUAAUAAAUAUAUAUAUACGUGUGUAUGCACCAGCAAAAAAAGUUUGUAUAGCAUAGAAAAUAAUUUUGUAAAUGUACUAUAUACAAUCUAUGCAGCAAAAGAAAUCCACUAGUAACCUUACAUAUAUAUAUGUUAUAUGUAACUUUCUCUUGUGAUUUAUUAAUUUUCUUUAACAAAACCGGCAACCUUAAAUAGCAAAAAUAUAAAUGUUAGAACACAGAAAUAUAUACUCUUUCAACCACAACAAUAGUUGCACCCACAACCAAUGCUUGAAAUAUUCAGAAGCAACACGACAACAACACUAACAAUUUGAAACCUAAACAAAUAGUGAAACACAAGACUUACGAACUGCUUCAAUACUUGUGAAAGUAGCACGGCUGUUCUUUCAUUUCAACUACUUUCAUUUAUUCUAAAGUUUGAAAUUCGACAUUUAAAAUUCACUUUCGAAAACACAGUUCUUAUAUGAAACCUAGCAGUGGCUUGAUAAAUUACUGAAAAGGUAUGACUUUUAUAUUUUACUCUAACGUAUAUGUAUUUUAUCAUUCAAUUGCACUAGUUUUCCUGUUGAAGAAUAUUUACAACCAAAUUCGCGCAAUUACACAAACAUCAGAUUCACUGUUAUUGUACUGUAAGCAGCCAAUAGGCAUGCCAGAGAAGCCGCUGUUAAAUAAAGUUGUUGCCGCUGAAGUAAACUGAAAUACGAUUGUUGAAGUAAAUGAGAAGAAAAGAAUAU